AAGUGAAGAGAUUUUAUUGAGAAAUUCUACGAAGAAAAAAAUGAAUUGACAUAAAAAAUUAGUUUAAGAUGUCAGCUAGUGCUUUUAUCAAACUUAAUGUUGAGAAAAAGUGUGUAGAAUGCAAUAGGAAUUGUCAGUAAUAUGAAGUUCAAUCGAGAUAAACGAAUAAAGUGAAAUAGUUUUAAUUUUUUUACUUGAAGACAACCUGGAAAAAGUAAAAAAAAUUAGCUAUGAAUCAUAUCCGAGCAACAACACAAAUUAAACACUGAAAUUUAAAUGGAUCAUCAUCAACUAAUGACACAACACAAAAAUACGAUUCAUUCAGUGAUCAUUUUACUAUCAUUUCCAUGAAGACGAAAAGAGAUAGAAAAUAGAAGUUAAAAGAAAAAAGAAUGAAAGCAAAUCCCCAAGUACGAUAAAUCACAAGUGGACGAGAUAAUUGAGAGAAUAGGAAAAGAAGAAGAAUUGGAUUUGAAAUUAAGCACCCGGUACAAUCGUACAUGUGCUGUUAUUUUAGUGGAUUCUUUUAUCAUUUGUGAAAGUGGACCAUGAUUUAAAGUGAAUUGUUGUUAUCUAAAGAGAAGACAAAAGUUAUUGUGCAAAAAAAAAAGAGAGGAAAGUGUGAAACGUGACAUUGAUAAAAAAAGUUUUUUUUUUAUUGGGAAAAGGAAUCUCAAAGAAGAAUGAUUGCGCCAGGAAUACGUGUUGUUAGAGGGCCCGAUUGGAUUUGGCAGAACCAAGACGGAGGUGAAGGUCACGUCGGAACAUUGUGUGAAGUUGGACGAUCGGGUUCAACGCAUUCACCGGAAAAGACGGUCGUCGUUAAUUGGGAUUCAGGGCAUCGAACCAACUACCGUGUCGGUUAUCAAGGCCAAUACGAUUUAAUCGUCAUUGAUAACGCUCAAAUUGGUGUACGUCAUCCAAAUAUAAUCUGUGACGGUUGCAAGAAAGCAGGAAUUGCUGGGAUUCUCUUUCGAUGUGCUGAAUGUGCUAACUUUGACUUAUGCGCUCAUUGCUAUGGUAAUGAUGUUCAUAGUCUAGAACACUCAUUUGUUCGCUAUCAAACAUCAAAUUCUGUUGGUGUUCGCGUUCCACCACGUGCCGGAUCGCUUCGUAUUCAACUUAAAGGAAUUUUUGUCAAUUCGAAAGUUGUUCGUGGACCAGAUUGGGAGUGGGGUCAACAAGAUGGUGGUGAAGGGAAGACGGGACGUGUAAUGGAAAUACGUGGAUGGGAUAACGAAUCUUGUCGAAGUGUUGCAAAUGUUUCUUGGGUGACGGGAUCGACGAAUGUUUAUCGUUUGGGUCAUAAAGGUAACGUUGACUUAAAGUACGUCGUUCCAGCUCCCGGAGGUUAUUAUUAUAAAGAUCACAUGCCAGUGUUGGGUGCUCGUGAUGAGCAACAGCCAGUUGUUCAGGCAACACGACCGACGUUCUUCGUCGGUGAUCGUGUUCGUGUUUGUUUAGACAAAGAAAGUCUCAUGAGACUUCAACAAGGCCAUGGAGGAUGGAAUCCAAGAAUGGCAGAAUUUCUCAGUAAAAUUGGAACUGUUCAUCGGAUAACUGACAAAGGUGAUAUUAGGGUCCAGUACGAAGGAUGUUCGAAUCGUUGGACUUUCCAUCCAGCUGCUCUCGUUAAAGUUUUCAGCUUUCAUGUUGGCGAUCUCGUCACAAUACUCAACGACGCAUCAAAAAUUCAACAAUUUCAGAAAGGUCACGGUGAGUGGGUGGAAACAAUGAGAAAUGCUUUAGGAAAAACAUGUAAAGUUAUGAAGAUUUAUGCUGAUGGUGAUUUAAGAGUUACGCAACUUGACGAUGGUGCCGCAUGGACAUUAAAUCCUAAAUGUGUUAAACUUGAACGAUCACCAAUAGCAUCAGCAGCUGAAAGAUCAAAUAGUAUGAUGGACUUGAGUCAUCAAAGGACUGAUCAUGUGUUAAUGCCACUUCAAGGUUUGUCAGGAACAUCAGCGGCUGAUAAAUUAGUAAGAGAAGCAGCACAAGGAAAAUUAGAAUAUGUUCAACAUUAUCUCGGGAGUAAUCUUGAUCAAGUCGAUGUUAUGAGCGGUGGAAAAACAUGUUUACAAGUUGCAGCACAUCAGGGUCAUCAAGUAUUGGUCGAAUACCUUUUAUCGAUUGGUGCCAAUGUUAAUAUUGUAGAUAAAGAAGGCGACUCUGUGUUGCAUUAUUCAGCGUUUGGUAACCAACCAGAUAUUAUGAGAAUUCUCCUUCAAAAUGGUGCAAACAUUAAUGUUCUUAACGCCAGUCAUUGUACAGCUCUUCAUAUUUCUGCACAUAAGAAACCGCCACAUUGCGUUCGCGUUUUGUUGGAGUUUAAUGCUGAUCUAAAUCUUCAAGAUUCUUAUGGCGAUACUGCACUUCACGAUGCUAUUGGUAAAGAGAAUAGUGAAGUUGUUGAGCUUCUUUGUAAUGUUCCAACACUUGACCUAACAAUUCGAAAUAAGCGAGGCUUCAAUUGUCUUCACCAUGCAUCGUUGAAGGGCAAUGUCAUUGCUGCACUUCGUAUUCUUCAAUUAGCCCGUCAGCUUGUUGAUGUCAAGAAAGAUGACGGAUUUUCAGCACUUCAUCUUGCUGCUCUUAAUGGACAUAGUCUUGUAUGCGAUGUACUGGUGAAAGAAGGACAAGCUGAUGUUGAUAUUCGCAAUGAUCGUCGACAAACUCCUUUUCUUCUUGCUGUUAGUCAAGGCCAUGCAUCAGCCAUAGAGAAGCUCGUCGAUCUCAAAUGUGAUAUUUUAGCGAACGAUGAAGAUGGCGACAAUGCAAUGCAUUUGACUAUCAUAAAGAAAGCGAAUCUCACACAAGAAGUUCCACAACAGGAAGCGCCAAAGAUUUAUGAAAUUUAUCAACAGUUGAGUCAUAUUCAAGACCACCGACUCAUGUAUACUCUCUUAUGUUAUCUCGCACAAGAAGGGUGCAAAAUGGAAGCAAAUUACAAAGGAGCAAAAAUUUUUGAUUGGAUACCGGAACCGGAAAUUCGUGAAAUGAUUUUAAGUUUCGAACAAAAGAGAACAAUUGCUCCAGCAAUAGCAAGUGGCAGUAACGAUUGUAAUCAACCAAAGGAAUUGACAGAACUUUACAAUAAUAUUGAGAUGAUGAAUUUAACGUCACAAGAUUCGACGACAACGUUAAGUACUGAUCAAGAUAACAGUGGCGGAAGUUCAUCGAUGGCUAAUUUUAAUGCUGGAUCUAAUCCACCAACACCUGCUCGAAGAAAUCGUGCGGCUGUUGGUGGUGGUGGUAAUAACAAUAACAUUAAUAAUAAUAAUCGUGAAGUACCAACACAAUCACCACCAAUAAUCACUUUAUCAAGUGAAGAUGACAAAAAACUUAAUAUUGAAUUGAGAAAUCUUCCGAGAAAUCACACAACUUCACCGCCACUGCCACAUACUUCCAAUGAGCCAACAACUUCUUCCAACACAUCCGUCAUCAAUACGAAUCUUACAAUCGAAACUUCAAACUUACCGAUUAGGAAUACAAGUCAAUCGCCUCCACUUCCAACAUCAUCGAAGCAUAUAAGUCGCAAGCAACAAGUUCAAGGUUCGAAAGGUUAUAUGGCACCUCAACCACCUCAACCUUUUAAUGCCAUUAAGCCGCAAUUGCAAACACCACAAGAAUGCAUUGUUUGUAACGAGAUUUGUUUAUUGAUAACAUUUGAGCCUUGCUAUCAUCAGAUAUGCUGCGAAGAUUGUGGUUUGCGUAUGAAAAAAUGUUUAUCAUGUCAUGCCGUUAUCGAUAAACGUGUCGCAAUGAACGGGAAAUUUUUACAUCCCAAAGAAACCCCAAGACAACCAUCAGCUGAUCGAUUGCGAUACCUUGAAACGAAAAUAAUGGAAAUUGAAGAAACGCAUUGUUGCAGUAUCUGUAUGGAGAGACGAAGAAAUGUUGCAUUUUUAUGUGGACAUAGUGCAUGUUCUAAAUGUGCUGAAACAUUAAAAACUUGUCACAUGUGUCGAAAAACCAUCGCAAAGAAGAUCAACUUGUAUUAAAACGAUGCUUAAUAAAGUUUAAUUAAAGAAUAUAAUCCGUACCUCCAUCAUCCAUUUGUGCCGAAAUAUAAAAGAAAAUUAAAUAUUUUUGAUGAACUUCAAUCAAACAAAGCUUAACGACGUGUCGCGACGGAAAGAAAAAAUAUGAAAGAAGUUUCUUUUAAUUCUGACUAUCAAACUAUAAGAUUGUUAUUUAUUGAUAUAUCUAAAUAGACAAGAACUAGGUAUGAGGUUCAACGUAAAUGAAAAGUAAAUUUAAGAAAUAAUGGCACAUGGCAAAGAUAAGAUAAAUGUAGUUUAAAAUCUCUUUCUUUCUUCACCCUAUUAGAUUGUAAGCUUAAAGAUGUUAAAAUAUUAUCGACACUUAUCAUAUCUCGCUGUUGAUUAAUAUUUAAAGGAAAUUAAAAACAAAAACUUAUCUCUCUCCAUUUGUCUUAUUUAUUUUGAAAUUCUUCCCUGUUUUGAUAAUUGUCACGUGUGCUGCUUUUAAACUGUCAAUACCACAAUAACACUUUCUCUUCAUUUGCAAAUCAGAAUGUUGAAAAUAUGAAUGCAAGAAAGAAAUCAAACGAAAAUAUUGGAAUGGCGUCUUUAAAUUUUCGUCAUUAAUUUGUAUGCAGUAACAAGGAAAAAUUAUAUUUUAUUUAUUUUAGGAAAACUGAAAAUUGACGAAAAUUCUUUCUCAAAAAUACUCAUAAGAAGAAAAUUUCUUUUUGAAAACAUCAACACUGGCAAACAUUUAUUCAUAA